GGUUCUACCCGUUGCAAUCCGAUAUCAGGAAAGAAAACGAAAUUUUACAAUAAAACCCGAUAUACAUAAAUAACGGAAACUACUAUACAAUAGUGCUUAUGCACUACACAGUCAUGAAAGUAAAAUAUUAAAAAAUGUAUAAUUUUAAAAUUUUUUUUGUAGGAUAUGGAGUUGGAUACCAAAGAAGAUGCUAAUAAGUCACCUUGUUUAAUUCGUCAUGAGCCUCCAUGGAUGAAUGGGGUGAAAAUGGAUGCAAAUACAAUAUUCCGUUAUCAGAUUGAACCCACUAAUAUGGAAGAAGUGUUGAGGAAAGAUUUAGAAGUAUUACAAUCAAUGCAGCAGCCUAAAUUAGUAAAUCAACAAUUAGAAUAUUUACAAUCUGAUUUAGAAGAUGAAAUUAAUUCCAAUUGUAAUGGUAUGAGAUUAGGAUUUAAUACAACUGAAGAUGACAUGAAUGAGGAUGUGGAAGCUAAGGAAGAAAAUAUUCUGCAUUUAAUUACUGGGGAUAUGUAAAUAUUCAAAAGCUGUUUAAAAAAAUCCACAGAGAUGAUUACUCCAUCUAAAUGAAUAACUAAACAUCAAAACUGGAUUUAGCUUUACCUCAGCAAAUUUAAAUAUAUUAUUAAUCAAUUUUCAUACAUGUUGAAGAGAAACUAAGAAGUUAAAUUAAUCACAAGUAUAUAUAUAUGUAUGCACAUAUUUAUAUAUACUAAAGGUUUAUUUUUAAAAUGAUUAAAAGUAAUUGAUAUAAUAUAUAUAAAUUUUAUAAAUAAUUUUGAAAUCUUUUAACUUUUUUAGAUAAAUUACUUUUUAAAAAAGAAAUAAGGGUUUUUCUGUAUACAAUAAUGUAGAUAAUACUUUAAAACAUUAUCUUAGAUAUAUUAUCAUGAUAAUGAGGAGUUUUUAU